CGUUGUUCUUUACCUGAUACUAAGUAUCUAAGACUCCAACACCCCUGUACUGAAGAAAAUCUUAUCCUCCCGUCCCUUGACUUGUUGCUCAAUACAAUUCUCAAAGAGCAUCGACCGCUAUUUGAAAAUGUCGCAGCCAAACGGCCAGAAUGUUGAAAGACCAAGGCUCACUGCUGAGAGCCUAGCACAAAUACCAGCGGCGGUAGCAGGCCAGACUGGACUGCAAAAAUAUCGUGAGAGCAACCCUGCAGACGAUCCAUAUCAUCUGCCGCCCCGUAAUACCGACCGGGAUGCGCAUAAACUAAGGUUAGAGGAGCAAGUGGAUCGGACUCAAUCAUUGUUCUGAUAAAGGGACGCAUUGAGAAACUUGCUGAGGGGUUUGAUAUCCGUGCCGACGGUGUCUUUGAUUAGCGUGCAAGGAUGAUGAGAGCAGACACAGGCCUCAAAUGUACAUAUAAAGAUAUAAUGUAAUAAAGUCUAUUGUAACAUUCUAUACGUGCUGAAUAAAGAGACGAGACUCAAUCAAUUCCAAAAUUCCACAAGUUGAGCGGCUAGCUCGUCAUACUUGACGCUGGGGAACUCAUGCCCAAUGCUGAAGUAUUUGAAUUGAGCAUUUCCUUCUAAAGCCGCCGAUGCAUCUUCAACAAUAUCAUCCUUGACGAUGACAUUGUCCGUUUCGCCAAGAACGAUCAAGACUUUAUCAUGCGGAAGGUUGUCGGUGUCCUUCUGUUC